AGUCCCUUUUCUUCUUCUUUUCUCUCUCCUCUUUUCCAUUUUUCUCUCCUUCAAAAUGGAACCAAAAUGGAGCACCAUUCUGCCAGCAACCUCCAUAUUCUCCAGCUUCGAUGACCUCAAAUGGAUCACAGCAGAAUUUGAUCAUGAACUUUUCACCAAGCGGCCCGUUACCGUCGAAACAGCAAUCGACGACAACGAUGUAAAACCGUCUAAGGUGGAUCCAUUCCUCGGUGUCGGCGAUGUUUGCUCUGAUAACAUCGCCAAUGCCGCCGAUUUUCAUAAUCUGGAUGCUGUAACUUCAUUUUCAACAUGUGGUGAACCAACAAAUAAUAUUCUUGUUUGCUCCCAAAACCUCACUCCCAAGAACUCCACCAUCACUGCAACUAUUGAGUCUCAAUCAUCCAUUUCUGCCACCGUUACAAGUCCAGUGUCAGCUAAUAAACCAAGCAGUAGUAGAGAAAAUCAAACCAAAGGAGUGACUACUACAAGUGGUUCCUCACGUGAUCCAUCUGAUGAAGAUGAUGAAGCAGGUCCUUGUGAACAAAGUACAAACCCUGUUGAUAUGAAGCGUCUUAGAAGGAAGGUUUCUAAUCGUGAGUCUGCCAGAAGAUCCAGAAGAAGGAAACAAGCACAUUUGGCAGACCUUGAGGUUCAGGUUGAACAAUUGAGGCUGGAAAAUGCAAGCCUAUUUAAGCAGCUUACAGAUGCCAGCCAACAAUUUCGCGAUGCUAACACUAACAACCGAGUACUAAAAUCCGAUGUUGAAGCUUUGAGAGCUAAGGUGAAGUUAGCAGAGGACAUGGUCUCUAGGGGCACUUUGCCCACUUUCAACAACCAGCUUCUCCAAAAUCAGAGUCAAUUGAACACCACUCCGCCGCAAAUCAACAAUAGUAAUCUCCGUUGCAUGGCGCAUGUUUCGCCCACCAUCACCGUACAUGGAAACGACGCUUCAUAUGGUGUUAGUGGACAGAAUUCAGCUAUUGGACUUGGAGAUUUUGAUAUAUCUUGCAGUCAUGAUUUCAACAAUGGAGUUAAUAGUGAUGCUGUGAGCUCUUUGACUAGCUUAUGGCCAUAAAUAUUUUACGCUACCACAUUAUUGUAGUGUCCAGUUAGAAUAUCCAAGUUUGUGUAUGCCAUGUUUUGUAUUAUUAGAUUUGCAUGUUAUGUUAUAGAAAAUAGUACUACUUUCUAUGAAAAACUUUAUAUAUGUGCUUAGUGGUGUAUGUAUCAAAUGGUCUUUUUUUUCUUUAGUCUUCCCCUUGAUUGUUUGUUAAAUUAGUUACCAAAAAUGAAGUGAGUGUGAUGGUGUAUAAUGUAUAUGGAACUCAUUGGUGACUGAUUUGGUGAAAUGUGUUUAUUGACAUUGGAAUCAUGGUAAAGGAAGUGUUGAUUAA